AUGAGAAUUCAGGAUAUGAUAGGUGUAAUGCCUGAAUUCGACCCACUCAAAGGUUCAACGUCAGGAAUGAAGUUCAUAAAUCGAACUCAGCAACUACAACAAUGCUAUGGCUGGAAGGAAGAUAUGGUUUUGAUCGCGGUUCAGCACAAAAUGAAAGGCAUGGCCAAACAGUGGCUGGACGCACAAGACGUUUUCAGUUCCUGGUCACAAUUCGUGCACGUAUUUACUGCGGACUUUCCGUCAGCACACAACGCAGCUGAUACGCAUAAGGCGCUUAUGAAGCGCAAACGCAAACCCAACGAAGACUAUUUAGAGUAUUAUUACUCCAUGUUAACGAUAGGUCGACAAGGUACGGUGGGCGAUGUUUCCAUCAACACACAUAUUAUCGGUGGACUCAACGAUAGUGUACUAACUAAAACAUUGGCAACAAUGAAUUUUGCGACGUGUAGUCAACUAUUGAUGGCGCUCAAAAAUUUAACGACAGUCAGCAACGUAUCGGUGACUCCAACGGCGUUAACUCAGCAAACAGCGAAACCCGAAUUGAAAGCAAAUGCAAGGCCAACACAAAUAAAAUGUUUCAAUUGUAAUGAUUACGGGCACAUUGCAGCCAAGUGUCCGCAACCUCAACGGAAACAACGGUGUACUAUAUGUACAAAAAUAGGUCAUGAAGCGAAGAAUUGCAACAAAAAGGUAUUUGUUGCGAAGAUUGGCGACCACGACGAACACGACGAAGCCCCUCCGGUUACAAAAAUGGUGGAGCUUGAAGGAAAGCAACUGAAGGCUUUCAUUGACACCGGCAGCGUAUGCUCGCUGAUACGUGCAUCUGCAGCAGAUGGUAUGCAGACGAAGGAAUCUAAAAGAUGCUUUACAGGAUUCGGCGGAUCCAAGGUGCAAGUUACUGAACAAGUCAACGUUAAUGUGACUAUUGACAAAGUCCAACGCGAGGCGACAAUGUAUAUUGUUGCUGAUGACUUGCUGCCCUACGAUAUUUUAUUAGGUCGUGACGUUCUAAAAAACAAGGGGUAUCACAUGGUGAUUCAUAACGGAGUGCUACGGCUAGAAGAAAACGAGAAAGCGGACUUAAAUAUAUCUAGCUGCUUAACGGAAGAAGACAAAGAAGAUAUUAGUCAACUUGGUAGAUGCAAGGACGUACAAAUGACCAUAAAUGUAACGACAUCAGAUCCUAUCUUGGGCAAACGGUACCAGGUUCCGUUCUCACAACGACCAACGUUAUCAAAAAUUUUAAAGGAACUGCUGGACAAUGAUAUAAUCCGUCCAAGCAAUUCCCCACACGCCGCAUCAGUGCUUUUAGUAAAAAAAUCCAACGGUGAGAGUCGAAUGUGCAUCGACUUUCGAGCAUUGAACGAAGUCACGGUUAAGAAGAACUACGUUAUGCCAAUCGUGGAGGAACAGCUUUCACGUCUAGCUGGCAAUAAAUAUUUUACGACGCUGGGCAUGACCUCCGGCUAUUAUCAAGUACCUAUGAACGAAGAAUCGAAAAAGUAUACUGCGUUUUUGACGCAUGAAGGGCUGUUUGAACAUAAUGUUAUGCCUUUCGGUCUAGUGAACGCUCCAAUGGUUUUCCAGGAGGUAAUGGUAAAUUUAAUUAAAACGCUUAAACAACGUGACAAAGUGGUGAACUACAUAGAUGAGGUCAUCAUAGCCACGAAGUCAGUUGACGAAGGUAUUGACGUACUUCGAGAAUUUCUUGAAGCUGUAAAAGCAACAGGUCUGACGCUUAGACCCUCGAAGUGUACAUUUUUGACCCAGCAGGUGCAGUUUUUAGGUCAUGACAUAAAUUCCGACGGCAUACAUCCUGGUGAAAACAAAACGAAGGUGAUCGAAGAGUUUCCGAAACCCAAAACGAUAAAAUCAGUGCGACAAUUUUUGGGAGUAACCGGCUAUUUCCGGAAAUUUGUCAAAGAAUAUAGCAUUAUAGCAUAUCCAUUAACGACACUGCUGAAAAAGAAUGCAACGUUUAUCUGGAACAAAGAACAGAACGAUGCUUUUGAGAAAUUGAAAUCGAUUAUAAUUACGAAACCUGUGCUGACGAUGUACGAAGAAACGAAACCACACGAGGUACACACGGAUGCGAGUUCCAUUGGGUUAUCUGGUAUUCUAAUGCAAAACGACAAGGCUAAUGAGUGGCGACCUGUGUUUUACUUUAGCAGGCAGUGCAACGACGCAGAACGUAACUAUGCCAGCCACGAGCUAGAAGUUCUGGCAAUAGUUGAAACUCUGCAGCGAUAUCGUAUGUACUUAAUUGGGCAUAGCUUUAAGGUAAUCACCGACUGCAACGCUGUAGCAGUAACUAAAGCAACUACGCCACAACUUCAGGAGUUUGACUUCCAAUGCAUUAACCGCGCAGGUGCGAAGAAUCUGCUGGCUGAUGGGUUAAGUAGAUGCCCAACACUUCCCCCGAUAGAACCGACAACAAUUGCUGAGUCAAUAUAUCGAGUGGUCGAUAUGGACAACGACUGGGUAUCAGCAAUGCAAAAACAAGACGAAACACUCAAAGAUAUCAUCGAAGUUCUCAACGGAAAAUCAGCAUCAAACGAAUGUCAGAUUAAAGAUGACUACGUAUUGCAAGGUCAACGAUUGUUUCGCAAAGUCAACGGAAACAAAAGACUAGAAGUACCACGAGGCGUCAAAUGGCGUAUAGUAAGAGCAUGUCAUGAUGAAGCAGGUCACUUCGGACUGGACAAGACAUGCGAGCGUGUAUCGAAAGACUUCUGGUUUGCACGGAUGCGAUCAUAUGUAAAAUCCUAUAUUGCAGCAUGUCCAGAAUGCGGUAUGAAUAAAGUUACAGGCGGUAAAAAGGAAGCGCAGUUACAUGUAAGCGAAGUUGUACCGAUACCCUUCAGAUGCGUGCAUAUAGACCAUCUAGGGCCAUUCGUACGAAGUAAACGAGUGGCAGUGCGCACGCCCCGUGCCAACGGCCAGGCCGAGCUUGUAAAUAAGACCAUUUUAGCAUCACUUAAAUGCAGCAUCAAAAACGAAAAAGAUUGGGACGAGGCACUACCGCAACUUCAAUGGUGUCUAAACUCUCAAAGCAAUGCAACAACUAGGCAUAGCCCGAAUAGUUUAGUUUUCUACUUUAAACUACGCGACGUAACAGUAAACCGCUUGAUUCAAGUUGUGCAAGAUGACGAUGAGGAGAACAAGGUUCAACACGAAGACUUCCGAAUGAAUCUAGCAGCCGAACGAAUAACCGCAGAAAGGGCUAAAAGGAAGCAGAGGUUCGAUGCGAAGCAUCAAACACCAAGAAAGUACAAUGAAGGAGAUCUGGUGGUAAUUGACUAUGUACCUCCACCCACUGGUACCUCCCAUAAGCUUGAACCAUCAUACAAAGGGCCAUAUGUCGUAACGAAGGUUUUACCCAACGACCGCUACGUCGUAGAAGAUCUACCAGAUGUGCCUAAGCAGCGGAAGCGUUAUGCAGGGGUAUUUACGAACGACAACAUGAAACCAUGGGUAAACCAUAGUCUUGUAGAUGACGACUAUGAAACCGAGAUACCAGAUUCUUCUUCUUCUUCUUAA